AUCUAGCUUAUUUCUUGAAGUUCGAGGAGGAAAUUAAACCAUCAAUUUUGCAGUAGCAAAAGCAAAUACCUUCAUAUGGGGCGUUGGAUGAAACCAGAGGUCUACCCGCUACUAGCUGCGAUGACCUGUGUAACAAGUUUGUGCAUCUUUCAGCUUACAAGGAACGUUUUCAUGAACCCUGAUGUCAGGGUCAACAAAGCAAACCGUGGCAUGGGAGUGCUAGAAAACAAAGAGGAAGGGGAGAAGUAUGCAGAACAUGGCCUGCGCAAAUUCCUGAGAACUCGCCGACCUGAGAUCAUGCCAACCAUCAACCACUUCUUCUCUGAAGAUAAAUAAAUAAAUAUACUGAUAAUUAUGUAUAAACCCCCUGAAGCUAUAUCUGAUAAAUAUUACAGCUAGCUAGCUAGCAACUUGUUUUGUUUUUAAUGAUUUAUAAAGUGUGUGAAAUGAGUCUGUGGUCGUUUUAAAUGUUAUAAUACAUAGCGAGACUGGAACUUGCUUCAUUUGCUAGA